AUGGAUCCCCGCGGCGGCGACUUCCCGUGCAUCGUCCAAGCCCUACCCUCCGUGGAUCCGAACGAAGCCGCCUCCGACUCGCCCUGCAUCGUCCAGGCCCUAGCGGCGUCCCCCUCGCCGUCCCCUUCCAAAGCCCUGGCCCUCACGCCCGCGGCCAGAGACCAGCCGCCGCCCGCCUUCAAAUCCUCCAGGCCCCCGAGCCCCCGCCGCACGCGCUCCGGCCGCGCGCCCGAGUGGACUGCCGCCGAGACCCUAGCGCUCGUCGCCGCGGUCGCCGCCGUGGACGACGACGGCUGGGCCCGCUCCGUCUCCGCCUUCCAGAAGUGGGCUAUCGUCGCGGAGAACAUCGCCUUCUCCGACGCCGGUGGGGCGCCCUCGAGGCGCAGGGGGAGGGCGGCCGGCGAGUGCAAGCGGAGGUGGGAGGCGCUCGUGGCCGAGUACGGGGCGGUGCGCCGCUGGGAGGGGCGAACCGGGGGGAGCUACUGGCGCAUGAGCGCCGCGGCCAGGAGGAAGGCCGGGCUCCCCGCGGAGUUCGACGCCGAGGUGUAUGGCAUCAUGGACGCGCUGAUCCGAGUGGAUGAGGCGCUCCUUGGCGGCGCCGGGGGAGGAGGGGGCGACGAAGGCUUGGUCAGUGCUAAUGGUGGUGGUGGUGGUGGUGGUGGUGGUGAUACUGCUGGGGUGGGAGAGGAAGAGGGUGGCGAUGCUGGGGUUGAAAAAGAGGAGGAUAGUGCCGCGGAGGAGGCGGAUGAUGACGGGAGUGAGGAGGAGAUGCAGGUGGAUGGUGGAAAUGCGAAUGCUUCUGAUGAUUUGGGGUGUGAGAUGGAGACCCACAACGAACCAAAGAAAAGCCAAGCCGACGCAUGGGAGUUAGCCAACAGGCUAAACGAGAACGCGCAGCAUAUUCAUAUGAUACUAAGUGGAGAGGCUAUGGAGACCCACAACGAACCAAAGAAAAGCCAAGCCGACGCAUGGGAGUUAGCCAACAGGCUAAACGAGAACGCGCAGCAUAUUCAUAUGAUACUAAGUGGAGAGGCUGAUGAAGAUGGUGGCCACCACAAUGCUCCUGCCUAUGCCGUCUCACCUGAUGCAAUGGAGACCACUCGGCAGAAAGCCGACGAGCUGAUCAAGUCGCUAGGUGGGCUCGUGAGCUACUUGAACCAGUUCACCGAUCUGAUCAAGGAAAACGGGAUCGAGGACGUCGUCGGUGUGAACUGA